AUGAAUGAGCGAUAUCGUGGCGGGCACGACAUAAUAUUAGACUUGCCAGCUGAAUAUGACAUCAACCACAUCGACUGGUUGUCCGUUUACUGCUACAAAUUCCGGGUCGACUUCGGCCACGUUCCAGUUACAAAUAUUUCCCAAAGGAUUCCGCCUUAUGUUCCACCACAGAAGAGAUUUGAUGAGGCGGAAUUUUCCAAGAUCGAUGGUUGGCCACUGAUCUCAUUGCUUGGAACCGAAGAUCGUUUGAAUUUCACAUUUCAGUUAGGACCUCCAGGUGGGCGCAAAGGUUAUGAGGUAAGUUUUUGUGUUUUGAUAAAUCAAGAAAAGGCCAGUAAGAUCAAGUAUUUAGACGUAUGUACGUGUGUAUGCACCUGUUUUUAUCUGAAUAUAUAA